AGCAUCACAGGGGUCACCACACUCGCUAUCAGGAGUACAAGAUUAUUUCUCUAAUGGCGGAUUUUCCUGCGAGGGCGGGCCGCCGGGUAACCUUCAAAGGCCGCCAGCGCGGGGAGCAGUCGGUGCAAACCGAGUCCUCCUUUGUCCCUGACUGCAAGGACCUCGGCUUCGCCUACGACCCCCUCGCCAGUGAGCAGUACGAAAAUCUCAUCGGGCUUCGUCAGAUGAUUCAGACGUGCAUCAAAAAGGUCGCUGGCGACGUCUACGACGUGGUCAACUUCAAGGACAUUCUCUUCCAGCUGGAGAGCGAGCUUCCUUCAUCCCUGCCGGUCACCGAUCUUCUGCUGCUGUCAUCGCGGUUGUUUCGUCGAACUGCCGAGCUUGGCCGACUGCUGAGCUGCUUCUUUGGGGUAGUCUUCGCAGAUGACUACAACGACGAGCACUUUCGGUUCACCGAGGUGCGCCUCCUGCAGCGCGAGGUGCGCGAGUUAAAAAGGCAGCUGGAGGGGUCGGAGAAGGAGCGGGUGCGUCUGCAGCAGAAGCUGGACAACGUAGGUCAAAUCGCCUACGACCACGGGAAGGCAGUCGAGGCGCUGGAGACGCACAACGAAGCCCUGAAGAAGCAAACCACGGCUUUAGAGGAUCAAAUGGCGCUUCUGUUCCACCAGCUCAACGCCGGUUUAGAGAGCCACUGCAAGGACGCCUAUAAGCAAGUGAGUGGCGAAACGAAGGUACAGGAAAGCCUCAACCCCACGCGGAUUACCUUUCGGCAGACCAUGGAUAGCCUGAGCGAGCAGCUGCGCGGGUCUCGCGGACUCAUCACGGAGGUUCGAGAGGUGCUGCUGAGCUGCAGCUCCGGCGGCCGCACCGGCGAGGCCUACGUCGCGGUCGAACCGAGCGUGCGCUUUAAGCUGAAAAUGCUCGACUCCAACUUUCAGCAGCUGAUGGGCCGCUUCACGGCGAUCAAGGACACCGUGGUGGAGACGGCGCAGGAGCUGAUGACCGCCCUGCAAGAGCGCAAGAAGAUUCUCUACCUGUCCUUCCAACACAUCCGCCUGUACGACUUGCAGAACGCGAAAAUGCGCAACGCACGUGCGAUUCUGUCUCAGCUGCAGCAGAACACAACGGAGGUCGUGCAGCGCAUCCAGGUGACCUUCCCAGGCGGGGCACUGACCUCGGUCGAUCGGUUUGGCAACAUCGCGUCGCAGCGCUGGCAGGGCGGGUACACGCUGGCGACGUUGCGGGGGUACAAGCUGGCGCAGAAGAACGAAGCAGCUGAGCGCGUCUCCCUCGCCAACUCCGUCAGUGGCGAAGUCAGCACCAGCGCACCUCCGCGCCAUUCCCUCCAACCCGGCCGGCUCCUGCCGGGGCUGACGGAGGCGCAGGUGAUGGCGGCGGAGAGCGAGCUCGCGGCGUUGGAGGGGCGCCCUUUUGAUGCGACUGCUGGGCUGCGCAGUCCGGGUAACGCACCGUUCACAGGGAAUGGAGAGGGGAGCCCGCCGUCGGCUUCGAUGCAGCUGCAGUCGUGCUCGACCAGCCAGAGCAUCAGUGCUGCGGGUGGUUUCUCACAGGGCACCCCUGCGAACGCGUUUUCUAACGACGACAGCGAUGUCGCGCCAUUCGCUUCCAUCGGCUCGUUCUUAGACAUCAUACGGCAAGUAAACAACGACAUGGAGGAGCUGCAGAAGACCCUCGUGCUAGAUGACGAGAUGGCCGCCUUCUUGAAGAUGCUGACCCUCUCCGCCUCCACGACACCGCGCACGGACGUGGGGGACAACACGACACUGACAGGCGGGCGGGCGUCGCAGCUGGAGCGGCAGGAGUACAACAUGGAAGCCGCAUUGCAUCCAACAGGCAGCGGCCUGGACGGCAAUCGGUCGAGCGGCAACGCGUCGAAACUAUCCGGGGCGCUGACGGAGGCGUCGAACCGGGGCGAAAACGACUCGUUCGGCUCGACCUCCUUCACGCUGCGCAGCCCGCGCUCACCGGACAGUCACGGCUCAGCGUCGUCGCGUGCCGAUCGCGGGCAGUCCGAUGCGGCCCUCGCCCGGCAGGCGGUGCAGCUGCAGCGGCAGCAGGAACAGAUCACAAAGAUGCAGGAGGAUUUUAGCUCCAAGAUAGGGUUUCUGCGCCAGAUUUACGAGGCCCGCAUCGGCGACCUGGAGGUGCGGGAGUCGAACGUGAGCAAGCGGUACGCCAACCACGGCGCCGUGACGGUGUUCCACACGUCGAGGGCAACUGACGACAGCAUCGCAACGGCGACAUCAAUGAAGCCGUCUUCGUCAGAAGGCCGACCAGCUCAGCCGGCUAACCGCGAUAAGGAGCAACUCAUGAGGAUGCGCAAGAACUGGCAGCAGACGAAGUUCAAGCUGCAACCGAACCGCCGAUUGCGCGAAGCUACGGUGAAUGAGCUGGAAAACAGCGGAGCCGAUGACGAAGAAAUUUAUCAGGACUAA